UCACUUGUCGGUAUCACAGUCGCAGAUAACAGGUAAUAAAGCAACGACAGUGAUUUGUUUUAAUCAAACAUUAUUCGAUCCUCUUGGGAUUCCCUCUCAUGACGUAUGUUUGCAUGGGGAUUACCCAGUCGAGUGAUUGACAGAUAUAGCGCCGCCCAAACUCAAGUCAUCCCAACAAUCAAAGCCCCGAAGUCAACAACAGUGGAGCUCCAAGAUCUAGAAAUAACCUCACUACAAACACGUUGUCAACUUUCCUUGUCCUAAAGUCGGCGAUGGAUGCCAUAAGGUCGGCUGGAAGAGCUAUCAUUCGAAGUCCAAGUAUGGCGAAACGGUCUUGGAAUACGGGAAAACAUAAAAAACUUCCUGAGAACUGGACAGACAUGACAGAGACUGUUGUAGAUGGCAUGACCUUUAACCUCCGUCACCUAGGCAUGACCCUGGUGGAUCAGCCCAAAGGAGAGGACCUAUCAGCAGCUGCCGUCAAGAGGAUUGUUGCCACGGCCAAAGCGGGAGGCCAGAAGCCUCAGAAGAUGUCUCUAAAGGUUUCUCCUCAGGGUUUAAUGCUGUACGACAGUCUAACCAACCAGCUACUAGACAACAUCUCCAUAUACAGGAUAUCCUACUGCACGGCGGACAAGCUGCACGACAAGGUGUUUGCCUACAUCUCCCAGAACACCCUGAACGGAACACUGGAGUGCCACGCCUACCUCUGCCCCAAGAGGAAAGUGGCCCAGGCAGUGACGCUGACUGUAGCACAGGCCUUUAGAGUGGCCUUUGAGUUGUGGCAGGUUGCUAAAGAAGAGGAAGAGAAGAGAGUGAAGUCCAGCUCAGCUGGAGAAGCAACCAGCAGCUCCCAUUCAGAAAGAUCUAACAACCUGCCUAGUCUCAAAGGAGGAAUCUCCAUAGAUGUUGCCACUGGUAACCUACUGGACCUGGAGGAACUGACUCAUGUUGCCGUGGUUCUGGAAACCAAUGGCGACGAGGAGUUCAAGGUGGACAACCACACUGCUCCUGAGAACAAUGAUAACAACAACACUGUCUGGGAAAUUGAGGAAGACUUGGAUGAGGCUUUUUCUAGCCCCAGGCUGGAUAACUAUGAGUCAUCUCCAGACUGGCGGUAUCCCGUACUAACCCCCAGGUCUUGGACAUUGGGGUGACCCCCCAGGAUUGGCUGAUAGAACCUGACUGGGCCAAUGGGAACACACCCAACAAGAACAGGACCAAUAAGAACACAUCAAACAAGAAUACCACCAAUGGGGAUGACUUCUUUGGCUUCUGAUCGACCACCAGAGGGCGACCAAGAGGCACAGCCUUUUGAGUCUUUGGCCCAAUACCAAAUCAACCGCUAGGCCCUAUGCUGGAACUAUACUAUAUUGUGUGCACCUGUCAAAUCCUCUCAGGUCUCUACAAGUGCACAGGACACAUGAUCUAGGGGUCGAUUUGGGAUUGGGCCAUAGAAGAGUAUUCCCUAGUUGACUCCCUCCCCCUUAUAGAUCUGAAAUGACUGCAUAGGUUGAGCGCUUUGGUUGAGAUUCUAUCAUAUACAUGGGGUCGCCAGGAAGAGUCUAUGGGUAGACGCUAGGGAUUAUGGGUAGACGCUAUGGAUUUGACUUGGUACCUUAUCUUUUUAUAAACUGGGUGCUUCAAGCCCUGAAUGCUGAUUGGCUGACAGCCGUGGUAUAUCAGACUGUAUACCACGGGUAUGACAAAACAUUUAUUUUGACUGCUCUAAUUACAUUGGUAACCAAUUUAUAAUAUCAAUAAGGCAACUCGGGAGGUUUGUGAUAUAUGGCCAAUAUACCACGGCUAAGGGCUGUGUCCAGGCACUGCGUCGUAUACAUAAGAGCAGCCCUUAGCCGUGGUAUAUUGGCCAUAUAGCACACCCCCUCUGGCCUUAUUGCUAAAAUAUACCACUCAGUGUGUCAUCCUACAUUGUUUUGUUUACUUUGUUCUUGAAUUUACUGCAGUAGUAGAUAGUAGUACUAUUUGGACCGUAAUCAGUAUUAUAAUUUUGCGUUGGUUAUAAUUUUUUAAGCCAGGGGAGGUGUGGUAUAUACCACGGCUAAGGGUUGUUCUUAGGCACGAUGUGACGCAGAGUGCCUGGACACAGCCCUUAGCCAUUGUAUAUUGGCCAAUAUACCACAAAACUCCCAAGGUUCCUUAUUGUUGUUAUAAACUGGUUACCAAUGUAAUUAGAACAGUAAAAAUACAUGUUUUGUCAUACCGGUGGUAUACAGUCUGAUAUACCACGGCUGUCAGCCAAUCAGCAUUCAGGGCUCGAGACACCCAGUUUUGAGAUAUGGAGUUAAACUAGUCUUCAUCUGUCACAGUAAAUAUUUAUUAUAUAUAGUAUUGAACAUAAACACACUCGGUACCAUAAAGACAAGACAAGACAAUACAUUUAGGUACGUAUUCUUUACAUACUAAAGUCUGGUUCGGUUACCAUGAAACAGGAGAAAGCACUUUGAAAAAGAGGUACUUCCUGAAUUUCUUUCCAACUUGUUUGAAACUAUUUCUUCUGUUUUGUGCCUGCCUACUUAACGUGACCCAGGAAAGUGAUGUACCGUAGUAAAUUCCUUUCCGACCAGUUUCACCCUGUUCUGUAGGCUAUCUCUACCCUUAUGUCCAAUGGACCAAACCGUGUAAUACUGUGUACCAGCAGAACUUUGAAUAACAUUUUUUUUGUUAUGUAUAUGAAAUUAAACAGUUGUUUGGUCUA